AUGUUUGGCAAAAACGAAAGUGCAGACUCUCUGCUUGAUGCAUUCUACGCUCUGGGAGGCAAUUUCAUCGAUACGUCUAACACGUACAAUAGCGAAGACUCCGAAAGGCUUAUCGGAGCGUGGAUGGAGAAGCGGGGAAACAGAGACCAGAUGGUUGUCGCGACCAAGUACUCGGCAGGGUACAAGGCGUACCAGAGAAAUGAAUUCCCACUGCAGAGUAACUACACGGGCAAUUCAGCGAAAAGCAUGCAUAUCUCUGUGAGAGACAGUCUGGCAAAACUGAAGACAGAUUACAUUGACAGCCUCUACGUCCAUUGGUGGGACUUUGCAACGUCAGUGGAAGAGAUCAUGACACAUCUUCACGCCUACGUUAUGGCGAAGCAAGUGUUGUACCUUGGUGUUUCUGAUACUCCAGCCUGGGUUGCUGUAAAGGCAAAUGCGUAUGCUCGAAGCCAUGGCCUUACACCAUUCUCUGUGUAUCAAGGUCGAUGGAAUGCGGCCUACCGAGAUAUGGAAGCCGAGAACAUCCCAAUGUGUGAAGAUCAAGGCAUGGCGAUUGUAUCAUGGGCUUCUCUUGGAGGAGGACAGUUGAUAUCUGCGGAAGACGGGGAGAAGAAACUGAAAGACCCGGAGGCUCAUAGAGGGUACGGUUUCGGCGAUGUGGAUGUCAAGGUGUCUACAGCACUGGAGAAAGUCGCAGAAUCCAACAAGACCACAACCCAGGCAGUAGCUCUUGCCUAUUUACUACACCAGUCAAUCUAUGUCUUUCCAAUCGUGGGGGUACAGACGGUUGAACAUGUCAAAGCGUUGCCCGAAGCACUACGGAUUGAACUUUCGAGAGGAGAUAUCGAAGCUAUCCAAAAUGCUGCGGAUUACCAACCUCCCUUUCCCAUGAGCUUCUUGUUCAAUUGGACCGGAAAAGAAAAGUACCAUGUGGGUUUGACACCUGCAAAUGUCAGCCAAUACCAGAUGGCAGCCUGGAUCCAGGCGCCGCCGAAACAAAAUGCAUGUGAAAUACUACACUAA